AGCCCCCAAGAAUCUGAUUUCACGUGAAAUUACAUAAUAAGCCCAAGGGAAUGAAUGGGUUAAUGCGUCGCUGGAACGCAUUGUGGAACGUAUUUUGUACAUGCCUACGUACGCAUUUGGUUGGACAAGCGAUUUUCGCGCGGUGGGUUCUAGCCAAUGACACAAACUGUUUUUCUGGUUUGUAGCUGGAACAUCAGUAAUGGCGGCUAGAGGAAGGGCAUAUGGUAGUGGAUAAUAAUCGUAGACACUCACGGAAGAAGUAUAUGUUGAGUAUUGUUUUCUUCCAUAUUUACCACAUGAGCAUUUGCAAACCGAGCAUUUGCACCAACGCAAAUAACAAAGGAGCCUUGUGCACAGUUAGCUUACUCUCUGCUAGGCCGCUAAUCGGCUAGCUAACGCGGAAUGAUAGAUACACCAGCGUGGUGUAUUGUUGACAACUAUGGACUUGUGUAGUAAAUUAAACAUGUUUUCUUAAAAACUGCCGGUGUUUUAGUUACAUUCCAGAUAAAUACAAAUAGCCAUUAAAUUGCGAUACGAUGAGCAAGGCAGGGGACAGCAGCAGUAAACUGAAUGCAUCCAGGAAACGAAGCUCAAAUGCUGCUCAAGCGAGUAUUUCCCCCAGCUCAAAGCUCCGCAAGGGGGAUAAGGGAUCCGGGGACAAAGUUGACGCUUCCGAAAAUAUCAAACCUACAGCCAUAAAUACUGAUGUACAAGAUGGAGAAGACAACAAGUCAGGAGAAGGUGAGCCAACAUGCAAACUACAGGCAAGCGAAGCACUCGCUGAAGACACCCAGGCUUUGAGUCGAAAAGAUGAUGUUGAUUCCAUUGGUGGGGAGAAGACUGGACGCAUCACUGACAACCGAGAACCAUCUGGAGAUGCGAAAGAAGUAGAUUCGCGUCCGUCGACGUCGGAGAAACGAUCAGAUUCAGCGACAGUUGUUGCAACAGACGCAAUUACUACACUGAUAAGUGGAGAUACAGAUAAGGACAAAGACGAAGUGCCAGGCUCAUCCAAAGACGCCAGUGCCAAGGAUGUAUCCAAGUCGGGCCAGCAAGCGGAGGCGGCUCCUGCUGACAGCUCAUCGUCUUUUCUCUCUCGGGAUGAAAGGGAGGCUGAUGAGGACGCCGGGGAGGAUGAUGACUCGUUCCCUGGGUCGUUGUCUACACCAAGUUCUUCGCUCUCAUCAGACAACGAUGAGGACAGCGAGUGCGCCAUAGUAUCGGUGAAAAUGGCCCCAGAGAUUCGUCAAUCCAUCGCACAACUUGCCCGGGCACAGACGCAGCUGAACUCGCUGGAGAAGAGAGGUGCGCGCCUGUACCAGCGUCUCGAGAUCAAACUGGAACGUCAGCGCCGCCCUCACCUGGACCAGAGGAGCUCCAUCGCUCAGACCAUCCCUGGUUUCUGGGUUACCGCUCUUCUGAAUCAUCCGUACCUAUCUCCUUAUAUUGACGAAAAUGAUGAAGAUGCACUCAGCUAUAUGACCAAUCUGGAAAUUGAGUCUUUCAAUAAGCUUGGUUACAGGAUUCGUUUCCACUUUCGACGCAAUCCCUACUUUCAGAACACCGUCAUAAUGAAAGAACUUCACCUUGGGAUGGGAGGUUCACCUGUAUCUAUGUCCAAUCCCAUUCUGUGGCACCGUGGCCAGAAUCUGACUGGUCUUGGGGAGGUGAGGCAGUCGGCCAGAGGCGGGUACCAGAGUUUCUUCAGCUGGUUCAGUGACCACAGCCUCCCAGGCAGGGACAACAUUGCUCAGAUCCUGAAGGAUGACCUGUUCAGAGACCCUCUACACUACUAUUUGACUCCGCUUUGGGAGCCCAGGGAGAAUGGCAGUGCAACUCAGCGACCACAAGGCGAUAACAACAAUGACGAUGGAGAUGAUUGUGUUGUGAUCUCGGACUCUGAUGAUGACGAGAGCAGUCAGGAGUCUCAAACGGAAGAGGGACCGAACGAGCGGAAGGACGACAACGCGGAAGUCAAAGGGAAUCUAGUCACAGGGUUGGAAGACAGCCAUGCUGCGGUGGGAGAAUCAUCGUCCAAAGAGGCAAAGGAGGACGAAGAGGUGGAUGUGGAAGACUCUGGUGCUGAAGACAACAAAGAUGGAGAUGGGGAUGGAAGUGGAGAGGAGGGAGAGGUGGAUGGUGGUGAGGCUGGCGGGGGUAGUAAAUCUGAAUAACGACCCGCACAACGUUUCUCAUCUCAGGAUCAGUUUUACAGGCGACUGACUAACUGUAGCUCAUGAUUAAAGAAAUGCCUGAAAUUAUGAAAAAGGUACGUCACUCACUUUUUUUUUUUUAUUAAAGGAGACAAAAAAAACUUGUUCCCAUAUUUCAACACUCUGACACAAACUGUGUGGUUUGUAAAGCAACUACACGCAGUUGUUGUAAAUCCCUGUUUAUAGAAAUCAGGAAUUUGCGUUUGGAUCCUAUUAAGCACACUCAGGAACGCUGGAGUGAAUGACUCCUCCCCAUGAUAACGGGAAUAGUUCAGAGGGGUAUGCGAAGAAGCUGGUUCAGGAGUAAACCAGAU